UUCAAUUGAUAUCUAUUAUCACCAUAAGUAUUACCUUCCUUAGGUCAACUACAUAUAACUUGUAGUUAAUUUAAAUGUUUUCAUUACUUUGUAUUAUUGCUGGUGUUAUACCGUGAAAUGGCUGCAUCAGAAACCAAUUUAAACAUUAAAACUGAACAAGAUUCGCCAGAUCUCGAAACUGAAUCUUAUAAUUUUUAUGCUGAAGAUGAAGCUGAAAGUCCUGAGACCGAAAUUGACAAAAUCAAAUUUGAGAAAGAGCUUGAAAGUCAAGAAUUGUCUAGUUUUGUUAAUGAUUCUGAAGCAAUGAAAUCUGAAUCAUCUAAAAAGAAAGAGAAAGAGAAAAAAAAAGAAAAAUCAAAAAAAGAACUGGAGGAAGAAGAGAGAGAAAAAAUGCAGGUUCUUGUUUCCAAUUUCACUGAAUCUCAGUUAAACCAUUACGAAAUGUAUCGAAGAUCAGCUUUUCCAAAGGCUGCAAUCAAACGUCUUAUGCAAACAUUAACUGGGACAUCAAUUUCUCAAAAUGUUGUGAUAGCUAUGUCAGGAAUAGCCAAAGUUUUUGUUGGGGAAGUUGUUGAAGAAGCUUUAGAUGUAAUGGAGAGCCUAGGAGAAUCUGGAGCACUAAAACCAAAGCAUUUACGAGAAGCAGUACGACGUCUCAAGUCACGAGGAGUGAUUCCAAAUGUCAGGGCUAAAAAAUCAUUUUGUAGAGUUUAAUUUUAUGAAUAUAUUUAAAUGUAAAUAUUUUUUAUACUAUUCAUUAAGAUAAUGAUGCUAUUUUUGAAAUAUUUUGUUUUUAGUUGUUAUGUCAUACGUAUUGUAUGCACAUAAAUUAUAGAUCUUACUAGUGACAUGUGUUAUACAUCUGUUUACAUCAUUUCAUGAGUUGUAAAUUUCAUUGUAUCCAAAAAUCAAAUUAAAUGUACCCUAUUUAGUUUGCUAUUAUUUAUAUUGGACUUUAUUAUUAGUUACACUGUGAAUUAUAAAUUUACCUAUUUCUAAGAAAUUCAUUUUACUUAUCCUUGAUUACAACAAAAUUUCGGUAAAAUAAAUUGGAAAAAUUCAUUUUUAUAACUUUGUGAGCAUAUAUUUAAUAUUCUAUAUUUCCUAUAAACUUGGCAAUAUUGUAUGCAUAGCUUAUUUAACAGAAAUGUUAUUUUCUGGUAUUAAUAAUUUCUAUUCUUAAUGCAUUAUGAUUCAAGAAUAUUAUCUGGUUACUCUUUCAAUAUGUACAUAUGUGAUCUAAUGAGGUUUUAUUCAUGGUUUUCCACCCAGCAACAAUCAUUAUUACUACUAAUUGUUUGGUACACAUAUAAAUUUGAAGGUUAGCUUAUUAUUUCUGAACCUUGGAACAAGAGCCAAUGUGCAAAACUUCUUGAUUUGAGUAAAAAAAUAGAGGUAGGUAGUACACAGCAAUUAUUAAAGAAAUAAAUGUUCUCCAAUUAUUUGCUAUUCAUACAUAUAAACUAAUAAUGAGAGCACAUUAGGUCUAUUAACAAUUAACGUAUACAUUACCCCGAUUUCUUUCAUACAACAAUCUCAAAUUAUGAAAUUUUGGACCUUGACCCUGUUUGUUCCAAGGUAGUUUAUUUGCAAAGUAAAGGAAAAACAAUAAACACUUAAGCUCGGUUUUACAAAUCAAAUUUAUGAAAUUUUAACUUCAAAAAUAGUAAGACAUUGUUUUCUAUAAUUUUGUAUUUUUCAUUUAGGUGGGUUUAUCACAGUAUUUUCAGGAUUAUUUGAAGCAAAAUGCAAUAAUUGUUAUCUAUAUAUUUGUAUCUGCAUAAAACUAAUUGGAAAGUGAUGGUAUUUUAUAAAUAACUUAGCUAGAUUAAAUACCACAAAUCAGUCAGUUUUCUAGUUUUGCCCAUGAGAUUUGGAAGAGGUAGAUAGAUCACAUAUUAGACGAGUGCCAGUACCUUUAUUUGAUCUCAAUUUUUUAAUUGUUUGUUUAUUAUAUUAUCAAAUGAAUAAAUAUAUUUAAUUAUCCAUA